AUGUUGGAGCUGCUGUGGAAUUACAUACUCAUCGUGCUUAUUCUAGGUCUUAUGAAGUCUACCCUGGGCCAUUACUGGCUUUGGAUCGGGGCGUGGAGAUUUGAUGAUUUGCAUGCAUCCCUCGAAUACUAUGAAUCUUCCAGAUUGAAGCAAUUCUUGGUCAAUUUGGUGUUUUUCCUAGUGUAUCCUCCCAUACUGCUGCAACGCUGGUGCCAGUCGGAGUUUUGUCAACGUUCGACCGACACCGAAGAUGACAUCAUUGAGCUGGCCAUCGACGAUGGUGAGGAUGAGUUGCUUCGCCGCGGAAUGUUGCGUGGUCGGAUGAUCGUUCAGAAAGAAAUAAUUUUAAACGACGGCCGCGAAGACGAAUUCUAUCGACGGUAUGACGACAUGGAUAACGAUGCGGCACAGGAAAGCUACCCUGGAACUCCCCUCAUCCGUUCACCUUCUGGUGAGCCACUGAAUCUCUCGAAGGAUCACGACCCAAGGGAGUCGGGAACUGGAAAAAUCCUGGCAUCGACCAAAUCGAUCGAUUCGGUUUCAACAGAUUCUUCGGAGGAUGAGUUCGGUGCGAACGAUGAAAUGGUUUCAAUGCAGCAAAGGUCCACGUUCCACUCAGCAAUCUCGUCGUCCAGCUCCACCACGAAGGAUUUUAAUGCCCCGUAUCGAAAGGAUUCGUCGCAUAAGACAUAG